UGUGUGUGUGUGUCAGUGCGGCGCGAGCGUCCGAGCAGGAAUGCAUCUGAACGCAUCGGCACCCGACGAGCGUGUUUUUGAGCACUUUGCAUUCACCUGGAGACUCAUGAACAUGUGAUGUAAUGAAGGACGGGAUCCGUUCACCGACGAGCAGCAGGACAGAUGCAGGAUCCGCGCGCUUCUCCAGAUUUGGAAACUCUCCCGGCGAUGGACGUGAGCGUCUUCUACAGCGAGAACGUCAGCGUUAAUCACAGCGCGCUCACGCUCUUACCGUUCUACCAGCACUCCCUGGCCGUGGCCUCCGUCAUCAUCCUGGCCUACGUGCUCAUCUUCUCGCUGUGCAUGCUGGGAAACAUCCUGGUGUGCUUCAUCGUGCUGAAAAACAGGCAGAUGCGAACCGUCACCAACAUCUUCAUACUCAACCUGGCCAUCAGCGACCUGCUGGUGGGCAUCCUAUGUCUUCCCAUCACGCUGGUGGACAAUCUGAUCACAGGCUGGCCGUUUGACGUGGUGGUCUGUAAGAUGAGUGGACUCGUCCAGGGAGCCUCGGUCUCGGCGUCUGUCUUCACGCUGGUGGCCAUCGCCGUGGAAAGGUUUCGCUGCAUCAUCUAUCCCUUCCAGCGCAAGCUGACGCGGCGUCAGGCCAUCGUCACCAUCGCCUUCAUCUGGGCGCUGGCCGUGGGCAUCAUGUGUCCGUCCGCCGUCACGCUGACCGUCUCGCAGGACGUCCUGCACUUCACCGUGGACGGGGACAACGAGACGCACCCGCUCUACACCUGCUGGGAGGCCUGGCCCGACCAGAGCAUGAGGAAGAUCUACACCACCGUGCUCUUCUCGCACAUCUACCUGGCUCCGGUCACGCUCAUCGCCGUCAUGUACUCGCGCAUCGCGCUCAGGCUGGUCAAGCCGCCCGUCUUCCGCCGGAAGCUGCGCGUGGUCAACAUGCUGCUGAUGGUGGCGCUGCUCUUCGCCGUCUCCUGGCUCCCGCUCUGGAUCCUCAUGAUGCUGACGGACUACGGGAACCUCUCGGCCGCUCAGCUGGACCUGGUGGCCGUCUACGUCUUUCCCUUCGCUCACUGGCUGGCCUUCUUCAACAGCAGCGUCAACCCCAUCGUGUACGGCUACUUCAACGAGAACUUCCGGCGCGGCUUCCAGGCGGCGUUCAAGCUGGGUUUGUGUUUGGUGGACGAGCCGCCGCAGCCCAGACGCAGCGCAGCGUGGAAACACAACCGCGUGUUCGCCAACCGAGACGAGACCAACGGGAAGAACGACACCAGGAGAGAGUUCUGCAGCAGAGAGCGGAGAGACGAGCUGGUGCUGGAGGACCUGGACUGAAGGAGCCGACUAGACACACACACACACACACACACACACACACACACACACACACACACAAGCAGAGAGAGACACACGCACAAGCAUACACAAGGAAAGACAAACACACACAUGCACACAC